CCUGCAAUGGCUACCCUGAGUAAGCCAAUGAAUCUCUCCCGUUUUGUUAUGUGGUGAACUAUCACGGGCCGACUGGGCACGGCGGCCUGUCAUGCAUGCGUGGGUGCGCCGCAUGCUCUGCUUCCUUCAGCCUUUUCAGCGGACGUGGCCCCUACUGCUGCGGCUCUUCUCUCUUUUUCCCUUCCACCUUGUCUGUUAUUAUUCUUGUCGGUGCUUUUUGUUUUGCUCUGCUUCUCUCUGCUCAUGUCUUUCUUCAGCUCAAGUGAGCUAGCCUGGUGAAAUUUGUCUCUCUUCCCGGCAUAUCCGAAAGACUUGUUUGUGAUAGACUUGUUGUUGUUGUUGUGCUUACACGUGAGAAUUUGACGACUAACAUGCCUUCUUUUUUCCCCUCAGUCGGCAAGGGGCGCAAGCCCAAAUUUGAACUUCAUCUAAAGAUUUAUGAUUUAAACAACGUACCUCUUGUUUCUGGAACUUCAUUCAUCAAAUGGCAUCUACCGCAUUCUAUGCAUGCCGACCAUCGCGGUCGCACGCCCAAGGCGGCCAUCGCCAAUCAUCGGGUGGAAUACAGCUUCAACAAAGUAAUAACAGGCGUUCGCAUGUCCGUCGACAAGAGCAACAGCCUCAAUGAGUGUCUAAUAGAGUUCGAAAUUGUCCAAGAAUUUGCUCUCACAGAGAAGAUUUCACUCGGCCACAUCAAGCUCAACCUGGCUGAAUAUGUUGAGGAGAGCGAAACGUUUUUGAGAGAGAUAAAUGCUUUGCCUUCGACUAGAAAACGAACGAAUAGCUCAGGGAGCCCAACGAGUGCCAACGACUUGAAAUUGUCCGACGAAGUCCAAAGAGAUGCUGAAGAGGGCAUCGUCCGCAGGUAUCUCAUGCAGGACAGCAAAGUCAACAGCACCCUCAAGAUUAGUAUCCUGCUCAUCCAAGUGGACGGUGAACGCAGCUUUAUUGCGCCACCAUUGAAGACGGCCCCAGUGUUUGGGGGAAUUGCGGGUUUCAUGGCUCCAGAACAGAAUGAAGAUGAAGUUCUAGGACCUCUGCCAAAUUUAUCUAAGAAUAGAGAUGUUGCUGAGGUCCAAGAUUUAUAUCGUCGAACUCUCGCAGCUUCCUGGACUCGGCAGCCCUCUGAACUCCAUACCGAUGAGUGCAUCGAGGACAUUUUCGCCGGUGGGAACGGCUGGAGAACAAAGCACAGAAGCGCCACCAGCCCAGAUUCUGAAGAUGACGACUAUGAAGAGGAUGGCACCCUCCGGCCCAACGAAUUCCGCCGCAUGGGCAUGAACCACCGCCGCAACCACUCCGGCUCGUCAAACCACUUCCGCCGCGGCAGCAACAACUCCUAUAACCCCCCCAGCAGCCCACGCCCCCACCAUCACCGCACACCCAGCGGCUCGAGCGAUAAGAGCGUCUCAACCGUCACCGGCGGCGGGUUCAACCGCCUUAGGAAGGGCGUGCGCAUCCUCCGCGAGGACGGCAGGGAGACGCCCUCGCGAGACGACGACAUGCUCAGCACAAGGAGCGUCGGCAGCCUCGUCAGCGCGGCGCCGACAAUGGGCAGCAGCGAGCGCGAGAGGGAUCACAUGAAGCGGACAAAGGAGAUUCGGGAGUCGGACGUGAGGGAUGAUUUGGUAGCGUGGAGUUUACCUGGGAUGGUGUCUGCGUGAAUUAUUCAAAAGAUGGGAACUGC